UUUUAAAGGCAAUGCCCAAUUUCACGGAUGUGACAGAAUUUAUUCUUCUGGGGUUGACCAGUCGUCAGGAGCUUCAAGUUUUCUUUUUUGUGGUGUUCCUAGUAGUUUACAUGAUCACUCUGUUAGGGAACAUUGGUAUGAUCAUUCUGAUCAGCAUCAGUCCCCAGCUUCAGAGUCCUAUGUACUUUUUCUUGAGUCAUUUGUCUUUUGUGUGUUUCUCUUCCAAUGUCACCCCCAAAAUGCUGGAAAACUUAUUAUCAGAGACAAAAACCAUUUCCUAUGUGGGGUGUUUGGUGCAGUGUUAUUUUUUCAUUGCCCUUGUCCAUGUGGAGGUCUAUAUCUUGACAGUGAUGGCCUUUGAUCGCUACAUGGCCAUCUGCAACCCUUUACUUUAUGGCAGUAAAAUGUCCAGGACUGUCCGUGUUCGCCUCAUCUCUGUGCCUUAUGUCUAUGGAUUCUCUGUGAGUUUAAUAUGCACAUUAUGGACAUAUGGCUUGUACUUCUGUGGAAACUUUGAAAUCAACCACUUCUAUUGUGCAGAUCCUCCUCUCAUCAAGAUUGCCUGUGGAGGGGUCCACAUCAAAGAAUACACAAUGAUUGUGAUUGCUGGAAUUAAUUUCACAUAUUCUCUCUCGGUCGUCCUCGUCUCCUAUAUUCUCAUUGUAGCAGCUGUGCUACGCAUGCGCUCUGCUGAUGGGAGGAGAAAGGCAGUCUCCACUUGUGGGUCCCACUUGACAGCUGUUACCAUGUUUUAUGGGACUCUCAUAUUCAUGUAUCUCAGGCGGCCCACAGAGGAGUCUGUGGAGCAGGGGAAAAUGGUGGCUGUGUUUUAUACCACAGUGAUUCCCAUGCUGAAUCCUAUGAUCUACAGUUUGAGAAACAAGGAUGUGAAAGAGGCUGUCCACAAAGCAAUCAUCAAAGCAAACUUGGGGAAGUGAAACUGCAACAGAAAUUUUUACGUUGUGUUGCUACCUAUUACAAAUAUCCAGGCAUAAAAGUUCUAACUCAAAAAGGACUUUCUAAAGCCAACACUUCCAUAUACUAAAAGGUCCAAUCUAACACAGUGAUGCUUUACCCCAUGAAUGGACUCUAAUUACUAAGCCUGCUUUAUCCUACAUGUGCAAUCAUAUUAUUGAAACUGACAUAUUAGUGUUAUCCACAGUGUAUGUAAAAUUGUGCUAAGUGUAGUUAUUGGAGGAACCUAUAAAUAAGUUUAGAUAAAGAAAUGUUAAU